UGUUCAAGUGAAGCAGCAGUAAAAUUUAUAUUAGCAACAGUACCAGCAGCAACAUCAACAGUUCCGGCAGCAACAUCAGUAGUUCCCGCAGCAAUAUCAUCAGUUGCAGCAGUUGUAUCCAGAACAGCCGCAGCAAUAAAUCUGAAAAGCAAGGUGUUAAGUGAAUUUCUUAUCGAGUCAGGUGUAAACUAGUGCGAAAAUGUCGCAAUCUGAUAACGCGGCACGUGAGCAAACUGCGGCAAAUCCUGUGCCCGAGGCAUGUCAAGGUUGCCGCGGCCAACUGCCACGAACAACGCCCGUGGAAGUGGAGGACAUGGUCGCCACCCCGUCGCUGGAGAAUCUCAUUCGCAAGGCCAAUAUGGCUCAGAAAAUGCUAAACGAUGUAAUGAGGCAAAUCCAAAAGCAGCAGGAAUCUCAGGUCUCCACCAAGGAGACCAAGUCCAAGCACCGAAGUUCCGCAGGAGCUCCUCUUCCAGUUCCAGUUCUGGCAACAGUGACUGCGAGCUGAUUCUCGCCGAGAAGGAAGAGAUCAUGCCCAGGAGGAGACACAUUCGGGAGGAUCGCAAGCAGAAUCGCUCCAGGUCCCGCGGCCGCUCCCGUGGUCACUCGCGUGGUCGUUCUCAUGGGCGUUCUCGUUCCAGGUCCUACACCGACACCCGACGAUCCCGAGCACUGCCCCUGGCUCUGCCCGUUCGGAUUUCAGUAGGUGUUUAACAAAUAAAAAAAAUAUAUAUAUAUGCCUUGUUCCUGGGCUGGCAUAUAUUUUGGGUAUCGCCGAUGAUUUUUCAAGAUCUUGAUAAAACUAAUGAUUUCUUGCUACAUUUUUCAAAAUAUGAAUGCUUGUUUUGAAUCAAUAUAAUUAUUGAAUAAUAUAAAAAAGAACAUUUAUCGUUCUUAGAUAUUUUCUUCUAUCUUACCCUUCAUUAAAAAACUACACCCAAGAAAAACAACCCUUUAGAUAUUUUUAAAUAUUUCUUAUAUUUUUUAAAUGCCGUUUGUUUUUACAUUAAUAGUUUUUAUUUUGUAGUUGUGCUAAUUAUAUGUUUAACAUAAAAAUUGUUUCUUCUCCUCGUAUAAGUACUUGGUUUUGUUCUCGUUUUGAUUGUGAUCUAUUAAGUUAAUUUCUUCUUUUGAUUUGUAGACUUUGCUGUGA